AUGACAGCAAGCUACUGCUUUGAACCGCAUGGCGUAUACUCGCGUACUACGCAAGCCGACGGUGUGUCGACAUUGGACGUUGGAUCGGCUGCCGACCCGAGCGAUAUUCGCCGAUACGGACAGUCAAAUUUUGGUACGAUAUCCACUCAGGCCGAUUCAUUUCAAGAUCAUGUUCAUCUCAUCAUAGUUCCUCUUCGUUUAUAA